AUGGAGUGCGGACGAUUAUUAAACGGACUGGUGUGGAGCGCAUAUUACUCAGCACAAACUGAGAGAAAUCCAUCGUCUUUGUCGAUAGAAGACGUCUGUGCUAGCGACGAACGAAGUGCAGUGAAAGAUAACUAUCUAAUAACUUAUCCGGACGAAGAUAGUGAUUUUGCUUCUAUCAAUAAGGAACUUUUCAGCGACGGAUUAAACGAUCCAUCCGAACCUAACCGCUACGCAAAUCCCCUCUUAAUACCGUCACAUAUGUUGAGAGGGAUAAGUGAAGAAGGGAACGUUGAAGAAUUAAUGAAGAAUGAGGCGAAAAAGUUUGAAGAUUAUAAGUUUUGCGAACCAGUUAAUGAUUUUGACAUUGAAUUGGAAUCGGAGGAGGCCGUACCUAUUGUUUACCUUCAGACUACUCGAGUGGCGAAAUUACAAAGGGCACUUCGUCUAGCUGGAUUAAAAAAGAACGACAAACUGUUCGUGUCACAAAGACCAUUCACAAAAAUUUCUCCGCUGACACUCAAGCCCUAA